CAGCCGCAGGGACGCGAUCACCCCAUCCCACUCCACGACCCUCCCGAAUCAGCAGUAGCGCAAGCGAGAGAAGCAACUAGCAACCAUGGCGCGCCGGAGAAGCAGCCUGCUCCUCGUCGCCGCCACGGCGCUGCUCGCCGUCGCCGCGGCGGCCGCGGUGCCGCCGACGUGCGAGCGCAUCGAGUGCCCCGCGUACGAGGUGGUGGACAGCGCCAACGGGUUCGAGAUCCGGCGGUACACGGACGCCAUGUGGGUCUCCACCGCCCCCAUCGAGGACAUCUCCUUCGUCGCCGCCACGCGCGCCGGCUUCCUCCAGCUGUUCAACUACAUCCAGGGCAAGAACGCCUACAACGAGACGAUCGAGAUGACGGCGCCGGUGCUGACGGAGGUGUCGCCGAGCGACGGGCCCUUCUGCGCCUCCUCCUUCGUGGUCAGCUUCUACGUGCCGGCCGAGAACCAGGCGGACCCGCCGCCGGCCGAGGGCCUGCGCGUGCGCCGCUGGGCCGGGGCCAGGUACGCCGCCGUGCGCCGGUUCGGGGGCUUCGUGGCGGACGCGGACGUCGGCGAGCAGGCCGCGCGGCUCGACGCCAGCCUGCAGGGGACCAGGUGGGCCGCCGCCGUCAACGAGGGCCGCGGCGCGUCCUACACCGUGGCGCAGUACAACUCGCCGUUCGAGUUCAGCGGCAGGGUCAACGAGAUCUGGAUGCUCUUUGACGGCGCCAAGGUCGGCUCUGACGUCAACUAAGCCUGUAUCUAUCUACAACAAGUGUGCCUGCUCGAUCGAGUACUCUUAUCUUUUUUUUUUCUUGAUGAGAGAAACUGGUAGUGUAAUGUAUCUUGUCAGCAGAUGAAUAAUGUGAGCUCUAAAAGAUGCUCAAGUAACUCAAGUAAA